AUGGAAGCAGGGGGGUUACCCGCAGACCGGAAACUGUGGGCGGAGCUAAGAGAUAAAUGCGCCGCCGGCUGGAGCGGAAGCGGCACCGUGCGAGGUUCUCCUUCCGCCGUCUGGAUGUGCAGAGAGCCGUCACAUAUCACUGGGAGGAAAAUGUCCUGUGGGCUGUGGAAAGAGACCGUGGCUGUCGCAGAGGAUUACAUGCGCCUGCGCUGCUCCAGCCCGCUCCCAGCCCCGCCACCUCCCAGUGAGCCCGCCGCUGCCAUGAGGCGCCUGGCCCAGGAUAUGGAGACCCAGCACCAGGCUCGUUUCCACACCCUGGCCCAGAGCUUCCUGAGGCACAGCGGGACGGACCUCUGCUCCAGCCUCAGGAAGGUGAUGGACGAGAUGGUGGGGGACGGACUCUUUAACUGGGGGAGGGUCGUAUCCCUCUUUACCUUUGCCGGCGUGCUGGCCAGACAGCUGCAGGAGCAAACGAGCAAAAACCCGGGGCUGGAUCCUGGGAGGCAGCAGGAACUGCAAACGGAGCCCGUAAGCUGCCGGGCGCUGGCAGAGACCAUCGCCGAUUAUCUGGAGACGCACAAAAAAGACUGGCUGCAGGAAAAUAAUGGAUGGGAUGGGUUCUGUAACUACGCCCGCAACGCCAGAGAAGUUAGCCAGGACUCCUCCAUGAAGACGGCACUGGUUGCUGUUGCCGGAGUCGGCAUCGCUGGACUCACCUUCCUCCUGGUGCGCUAGUCGGACUUCGCCGUCUAUUAGAAGUUCUCUGUUCGUCCACUCGAUGAAAAUCUCUGAAUUGUAACGUCGAUGCUGCAACACAAGUUGAACCUGUAGUGAAUUCAGGGUUGACUCUCUACAAGCAUGGAUAAUGAC